GUCAUCUUACAGCUAUCAAAUCAAUCUGUUCCCCAGCGGCUCGAGUGAGGAAGCUAGAAGAAAAAUAAAAAAGAAAUGCCCAGGGAAGAUCAAUGGGUGGCCGUUGCGCCGCAAUUUGCUCAAGAAGGUAGCAGCGGCAGCGGCAAUGUGAUCAAGCCUGCCCAGUCCGCAUUUACAUUCUGGCAAAAAGACAACUCAGAGAACAUAAAGGCGGAGCACAUAGCCUCGAACAAUGGAAAAUUUGAGGUUGGUCUCUUCUCAAGAGCUAUGCGGGGGAAAUGGAACAGCCUUGAUGCCUCGGAAAGAGAACCUUACGAAGACUUGGCACGAGAGGACUUGUUCCGUUUUCGAUCAGAAUCACACAAGGCAGAUGUAGCUGCCAUGCAACGCCGGGAAAGAUUGCAACAAGAAAGAUCGGUCUUACUGCUAGACGACAUUGGUGGAACGCAGCGGGGCACCCGCGGGCAGCGCGCCCAAAAGGAACGAAAGGAGAAGCGAAAAGAAAAAAAGCGUCUCAAGAAGAUGAAGAGAAUAGCCGAUGCCGAGGAUGGARUUGACGAUGACUCUACGGGCAGGGGGAAAAGCAUCCUCGAUGAUGGAGAUAUGGAAUAUCAGGAUGAAGAUGAAAGCAGCGGGGAAGAAAGCUACAGUGGUUCUUCUGAUUCAUCGGACUCGGACGAUAGCUAUCGACGGAAGAAAAAGAAAGCCAAACCAGCGCCCAGAAAAAUAUCGCAAAAACAGAUCGAGAAUAGACGGAGGGCACAGGAAGAGAAGCAGCGGAAAGAAGCCAUUAUUGCCGAACAGCAAGAAGACAUACAGAAAGAAAAGGCCGUCCAAGCGAAGAAACGUCUCGAGUUUCUCUUAAAACAAUCUUCAAUUUUCUCUCACUUUGGUAAAGUAAAACAGGAUCAAGCAAAAUUUGGUAUUAAGUCGGGAGCAAAAAGCAACAACGAUGAAAAACAAGGAAUGAGUAGAAGAGACCAAGCAAAUGCAAAUCAAGAAGACGAGCUCGAAGAAGCAGAUGAGCACCAGGCGACUUUCCUCACAGCUCAACCAACAACCCUUGGUUUUGGAAAAAUGAGAGAAUAUCAACUUGAAGGACUAAAUUGGAUGAUUCGUCUCCAAGAAAAUGGAGUGAAUGGGAUUUUAGCYGACGAGGUGAGCUAUGAGAGGGUCAAAUGUAGGACUGAAGUGGUUCUAUUGUGUCAUUAUUUAUGUUUCGAAUCGAAUCGAAUCGAACCGAACCGAUCCAAGCAACACUAUUUCGAUGGCCUAAUUUUUUUUCUGCAUAUUGAUUUCACAUUUUUGCUCAAUCAAUUUUUGUUUAUUGUUAGAUGGGWCUAGGGAAAACCCUCCAAUCCAUUUCUAUUUUGGUUUACAUGUUGGAGUUCCAGAAUGUUAAUGGUCCGCAUUUGAUUAUUGUACCAAAAUCUACACUCAGUAAUUGGAUGAACGAACUAGCACGAUGGGCUCCAACCCUAAAAGCAGUCAAGUUUCAUGGAGACAAAACGACACGGGAAGAACUUAUUGAAACAGUACUACGUCCCGGAAGAAAAGAUUCAGAGCGUGAUUGGAACGUUGUUGUGACCACGUACGAGGUCUGUAACAUAGAGAAGAAUACGUUCACAAAGUUUGCGUGGUCGUAUCUCAUUAUCGACGAAGCUCAUAGGUAAGACAACAAACGCCUACGUGCAGUGUGGCUUGUAUGCAUUUUAUCGUCUUUGUGAGUUCUUCGCAGASUUUUCACCUCAUCAGAAAAACCUUUUGACUUUUGCUUUCUGUAGAUUAAAAAAUGAAGCCUCCGCGUUUUCUAAAACAGUACGAACGUUUGAAACUCGCUAUCGAGUUUUACUCACRGGGUAAGAACAAUUAUGCUGGUCAAAACGCUGUCCGUUCAUUAUAUAGAAAUCUUUAACUUACGAAUCAUCCAACUUUUUUCCAGAACUCCGCUUCAAAACUCCCUUCAUGAACUAUGGGCACUUCUCAACUUUCUAGUGCCAGAUGUAUUCGCCAACUCAGAGCAAUUCGAUGAAUGGUUCAAUCUUGACAUUGAUGACAAUGAUGAAAAGAAUCGCCUGAUUUCCCAGCUUCAUAAAAUUCUUCGCCCCUUCAUGCUUCGUCGCUUGAAAAAAGAAGUCGAAACAAGCCUACCGCCAAAACACGAAACAAUUUUAUUUACUGGAAUGAGUGCGAUGCAAAAAAAACUGUACCGGGAUAUUCUCAUUCGAGACAUUGAUUCCAUUCAAGGAACUUCUGGUAGUCGUACUGCAAUUCUGAAUAUUGUAAUGCAGCUGCGAAAGUGUGCCGGGCAUCCUUAUCUGUUUCCUGGGGUUGAAGACCGCACCCUUCCCCCUCUAGGAGAACAUUUAGUGGAAAACUGUGGGAAAAUGGUGCUCCUUGAUAAACUACUCAAGAGGCUCCAAGAACGGGGAUCUCGCGUUCUUCUCUUCACGCAGAUGACUCGUAUAUUGGAUAUUAUGGAAGAUUAUCUUGUCAUGCGUCGCUUUCAGUACUGUCGCAUUGAUGGAAACACGACGUACGAAGUUCGCGAGAACUAUAUUGAUGCAUACAACGCUCCAAAUUCAGAGAAAUUUGUAUUUCUCCUUAGUACAAGAGCUGGUGGCUUAGGAAUCAAUUUACAAACAGCAGAUGUAGUAAUCCUUUACGACUCUGACUGGAAUCCACAGGUGAGUUACUCUAAUGUAUGAAGGCACCUGCUGAUAUUGAGAUUGUGAAUAACAUCUAACAUCUCGAGCAUAUAUUGUUUAUUGUUGAAAAGGCCGAUUUACAAGCGCAAGAUCGUGCGCAUCGUAUUGGACAAAAGAAGCAGGUACAGGUUUUUCGACUAGUGACGGAACAUACCAUUGAAGAGAAAAUUGUUGAAAGAGCGCAACAAAAACUCAAGCUUGAUGCGAUGGUCGUCCAGCAAGGCCGUCUAAAAGACAAAGACAAGUUGUCUAGAAACGAACUACUUGAAGCAGUGCGUUUUGGUGCUGACAAAAUUUUCAAAAGUAAAGAUUCAUCCAUCACCGACGAAGACAUUGAUCUAAUUAUCAACGCUGGGAAAAGGAAGACACAAGAACUCAAUGAUAAAUUUCAGGCUGCCGAUAAAGGUGACCUUCUUGACUUCACACUGGACGGAAAUAGUAAUAUGCAAACCUUCGAAGGGGUGGACUAUUCAGGGAAUGCUCUAGCUGCUGCCAAAGCGGAAGUUGGGAUGCUUGGAAUACUAGAUCUAGGUAAACGUGAGCGCAAGACUGUUGCGAACUACAACGAGAACAAACUGUACGCAGAUCAAGUUGCUGCGAUACAGGGUAGUAAACCGAAGGAAAGGAAAAGAAAAAAACCCAUUCGUCUCCCAAAAUCUCUGCGUUUACCUAGAAUGGAAGAAUGGCAAAUGUUCAACAGGACACGUUUGCUGGCAAUUCAAGAAGAAGAGGAAGCGGCAUUCCGGGCAUUACCUGAAGAGGUACAAACCGCAGCAACUGCAAAGAAAAAGGACAGAUUCAAAGACGACUCUAUCGUCACAGACGAAAACGUAGCUAAUGCGGUAAACGCUGAACCUAGUACAGCAGAGACGGAGGAGACAAAUCCCGAAGAAAAGCAUGUUGAGCUUCCGCCUCUGCUGAGUGAGGAGGUUCAAAAAGAGAAAGAUUCUCUACUAAAAGAAGGCUUUCUUGGAUGGAGCCGUGUGAAUUAUACAUCAUUUAUUAAAGCAAGUGCCAAAUAUAGUCGUUCAGACUUUGCCAAGAUAGCUUCUGAAGUUGGGAAGACGGAGGCUCAAGUUGUUGAAUAUUCAACUGCAUUCUGGGGAGAAAUUGGGAAGGAGCGAUUUUCUGAACACGAGUAUACUCGUGUAAGUAAUCUAGUUGCGAAAGGGGAAAAGAAACUUGUCGAUAUGAAGGCACUCAGGCAAAGUCUGAAAGUUUUCAUUUCCCUCUUCGACAAUCCCUGGGAAAAGCUCGAAUUUACUCAUGUCAACACCAAAGAUAAACUAUUUUCUGCCGACAACGAUCGGUAUCUGCUUUGUUGGACCCACAAGGUGAGCUCAUCUCUGCAUGAAUCGUCACUCCCUCGUGCUUCCUUCUAUAUCUAACAGGUAUCCUGUCCGUUUCCUUUUUUAUAUGCAGUAUGGUAUCGGACAAUGGGAUGCGAUCAAAAUGGCUAUCAGAAGGAGCCCACAGUUCCGGUUUGACUACUUUUUCCGCAGUUUGCCGGUUGACGUCAUUGGUCGUAGGUGCGAGACGUUGAUGAAAGCAACGCUGAAAGAGGUGGAACUCCUAGAAAAGAAAAUGCGAGAAGAUAUGGGUUUGCCAGGAGAGGUAAAAGAGGGGACUAGUCUUCCGCCCAUAAAACUUCCCAGAUUCAGAGAUAUGCAAAGGACUUUACGAGCAAAAAAGAUUCAAAAAAGGGAGAAAGAMAAAAACGAUCUCGAGGAAAAAGUUGAAAAUUUAGAGCAUCAGAUAGAAGAAAUUCAAAACCGACUAAAACAAUUGAGUAAGGAUCCAGAUAUUCAGAGAGAGAACGUUUCUCGGAAUGGAGAUUCUACCACGGAACGAGAACCAAGCCAUCCGGUGCCUGUUUCUCCUCCGUCAGCUACGACAGAAGACGCCGUUGCAGUCGACGAAUCGAAGGGUGCUAUUGGUCCAGACGGUACUUUCGUCGAGUUUCCUCAAUAUGAUGGGUUGAUACCUCCUAAGGAGUACAAGAAGGCAUUCGCCCAGUUUUGUCAGAGGACGCGUAAAUCGGUGAAGAAU